AUGAGAGACAAGGUCGAUGCGUUUCUGGCAGAGGAACCGACCGCGCCGCUGCUGCGACGAGCGCAGGAGCAGGUGCGCAUCUCGGUGCAGGUGGUGGAGGAGGCGCUGGAGAGAUAUCGACCGGAAGAGAUCUCCAUUUCUUACAACGGCGGCAAAGACUGCCUCGUGAUGCUCAUCGUGCUCCUUGCGUGCUAUGCGCGACGAUACUCACCUCCCAAGCCGAUGACAGGCGCCAACCUGCAGAAUGGCGCGACCAAACUGCCACCUUUCCCCGAGACGCUGCACUCCGUCUACAUUGUCUCUGCGGAUCCUUUUGCCGAGGUUGAUGAUUUUGUCGAGACUAGCAGCGCAAUGUACCACCUAGACAUUGCACGAUUUACUCUACCGAUGAAGAAGGGGCUGGAGGUUUUCAAGGCGCAAAACCCCAGCGUACGCGCAAUUUUCGUAGGGACCCGGCGGACGGAUCCGCAUGGGGAGAAGUUGAAGCACUUCGACCCGACUGAUGCGGGAUGGCCCGACUUUAUGAGAAUACACCCUGUGAUUGAUUGGCAUUAUACUGAGAUUUGGGCUUUUACUCGCCAUUUGGAUAUUCCUUAUUGCUGUCUAUACGACCAGGGAUACACGAGUCUUGGCGGAAGACGCGAUACUCUGCCAAACCCUCGAUUAAAGAGGCAAGGAAACGAACAAGAAUUCCGACCGGCAUACGAAUUAAUAGAAGAUGACGAAGAGAGACUUGGCCGAUAUAAAUAA